UCGGAAUCUUGGGACUCGAGAGACUGCGAGAGCCAGUCUCAGCCAGACUCAAGGGAAAGCGCGGGGCUGCUGCACCCUGCUACACCUGGGAGCGGUGAGGACCGGGAGAGGCGGGGCGCGGCAAAAGGGUGGCCCGGUGCCUGAGCAGCUUCGCCGAAAGCCGCCCGGACUGGAGCAGGGCGAACGGGGAGGGUCUCGAGGCAGAGUCCAGCUCCUUCAAGGGAGGGACCCCAGCUGGGGUGUAAAAUCAGCACCAGCAAGCCACAGAGACGUGCCGCGCCGAUCAUGGAGCGGAGCGGCCCCAGCUCCAGGCGGCCGCAGCAGCAGUGGGACCAGGACUCGGUCGAAGCGUGGCUGGACGAUCACUGGGACUUUACCUUCUCUUACUUUGUCAGGAAAGGCACCAGAGAAAUGGUCAAUGCAUGGUUUGCUGAGAGAGUUCACACCAUCCCUGUGUGCAAAGAAGGCAUCAGAGGCCACGUGGAGUCUUGCUCUUGCCCCUCGCAGCAGAGUCCCCGUGCAGAGAGCAGUGUCCCUGGAACACCAACCAGGAAAAUCUCUGCCUCCGAAUUUGAUCGACCUCUUAGACCCAUCGUUGUCAAGGAUUCUGAGGGAACUGUGAGCUUCCUCUCUGACUCAGAAAAGAAGAAACAGAUGCCUCUAACCUCCCCACGGUUUGAUAAUGAUGAAGGGGACCAGUGCUCGAGACUCUUGGAAUUAGUGAAAGAUAUUUCUAGCCACUUGGAUGUCACAGCCUUAUGUCACAAAAUUUUCUUGCAUAUCCAUGGCCUCAUCUCCGCUGACCGCUAUUCCCUGUUCCUCGUCUGUGAGGACAGCGCCAACGACAAGUUUCUUAUUAGCCGCCUCUUUGACGUUGCAGAAGGUUCAACACUGGAAGAAGCUUCAAAUAACUGUAUCCGCUUAGAGUGGAAUAAAGGCAUCGUGGGACACGUGGCAGCUCUUGGUGAGCCCUUGAACAUCAAAGAUGCAUAUGAGGAUCCUCGGUUCAAUGCAGAAGUUGACCAAAUUACAGGCUACAAGACACAAAGUAUUCUUUGUAUGCCAAUUAAGAAUCAUAGGGAAGAGGUUGUUGGUGUAGCCCAGGCCAUCAACAAGAAAUCAGGAAAUGGUGGGACAUUCACUGAAAAAGAUGAAAAGGACUUUGCUGCUUACUUGGCAUUUUGUGGAAUUGUUCUUCAUAAUGCUCAACUCUAUGAGACUUCACUGCUGGAGAACAAGAGAAAUCAGGUGCUGCUUGACCUUGCUAGCCUAAUUUUUGAAGAACAACAAUCAUUAGAAGUAAUUCUAAAGAAAGUAGCUGCCACUAUUAUCUCUUUCAUGCAGGUGCAGAAAUGCACCAUUUUCAUAGUGGAUGAAGAUUGCUCCGAUUCUUUUUCUAGUGUGUUUCACAUGGAGUGUGAAGAAUUAGAAAAAUCAUCAGAUACUUUAACAAGGGAACGUGAUGCGAACAGAAUCAAUUACAUGUAUGCUCAGUAUGUCAAAAAUACUAUGGAACCACUUAAUAUCCCAGAUGUCAGUAAAGAUAAAAGGUUUCCCUGGACAAAUGAAAACACAGGAAAUGUAAAACAGCAGUGCAUUAGAAGUUUGCUUUGUACACCUAUAAAAAAUGGAAAGAAGAAUAAAGUGAUAGGGGUUUGCCAACUUGUUAAUAAGAUGGAGGAGGCCACUGGCAAAAUUAAGCCUUUCAACCGAAAUGAUGAACAGUUUCUGGAAGCUUUUGUCAUCUUCUGUGGCUUGGGGAUCCAGAACACACAGAUGUACGAAGCAGUGGAGAGAGCUAUGGCCAAGCAGAUGGUCACAUUAGAGGUUCUGUCAUAUCAUGCUUCAGCUGCAGAGGAAGAAACAAGAGAGCUCCAAUCCUUAGCGGCUGCCAUGGUACCAUCUGCCCAGACCCUUAAAAUCACCGACUUCAGCUUCAGUGACUUUGAGCUAUCUGACCUGGAAACGGCACUGUGCACAAUCCGGAUGUUCACUGACCUCAACCUUGUGCAGAACUUCCAGAUGAAACAUGAGGUUCUUUGCAGGUGGAUUUUAAGUGUUAAGAAGAACUAUCGGAAGAAUGUCGCCUAUCAUAAUUGGAGACAUGCCUUUAAUACAGCUCAGUGCAUGUUUGCCGCACUAAAAGCAGGCAAAAUUCAGAACAGGCUGACUGACCUGGAGAUACUCGCACUGCUGAUUGCUGCCUUAAGCCACGAUUUGGAUCACCGCGGUGUGAAUAACUCUUACAUACAGCGAAGUGAACACCCACUUGCUCAGCUCUACUGCCAUUCAAUCAUGGAGCAUCAUCAUUUUGACCAGUGCCUGAUGAUCCUUAAUAGUCCUGGCAAUCAGAUUCUCAGUGGCCUCUCCAUUGAAGAAUAUAAGACCACGCUGAAAAUAAUCAAGCAAGCUAUUUUAGCCACAGACCUAGCACUGUACAUUAAGAGGAGAGGAGAAUUUUUUGAACUUAUAAGAAAAAAUCAAUUCAACUUGGAAGAUCCUCAUCAAAAGGAACUGUUUUUAGCGAUGCUGAUGACAGCUUGUGAUCUUUCUGCAAUUACAAAACCCUGGCCUGUCCAACAACGGAUAGCAGAACUUGUUGCCACUGAGUUUUUUGACCAAGGAGACAGAGAGAGAAAAGAACUCAACAUAGAGCCUGCUGACCUAAUGAACAGGGAGAAGAAAAACAAAAUCCCAAGCAUGCAAGUUGGAUUCAUAGAUGCCAUCUGCUUGCAACUGUAUGAGGCCCUGACCCACGUAUCGGAGGACUGUUUCCCUUUGCUGGAUGGCUGCAGAAAGAACAGGCAAAAAUGGCAGGCUCUUGCAGAACAGCAGGAGAAGACAUUGAUUAAUGGGGAAAGCAGCCAGGCCAAGCGGAACUGAGUGGCCUAUUCAUGCAGAGUUGAAGUUUACAGAUGGCGUAUUCUGCAGUAUGCCUAGUUUUGCUGUACACUGUACAGAUUUGGUGUAUACUUUGCCACUGCUGUACUUUUAUUUUUGCACAACUUUUGACAACACAGCAUGAAAUGUUUUUAGAGGACUAUUGCAUAUUUUCUGUAUAUUUGUUUUAUGCCACUGAACUGAGAUUAUCAAUGACACCUACUCUUAGCACAUGGAUAAGAGCUCAGUUCGUGAUAUUUUGUGUACUGCGAGGUACAAGUUGCAUUCUUGCACUGAGGCUGGUUUUUUUUGUUUUUUCUUGCUGGGGAUUUUAAAUAAUUGGUUUUGUGUUUUCUGAAUUACCAAUCUUUCAAGAACGUUUGGAAUCGUUUUUCUUAAAAACAGGCUAGGAGCAAAGUGAAUAUAUUCUGUGACAUUUAAAACCUUCAUAGAAUAGAGAAAAAUAUUGGCUGAGUGGAUUUUAAGAGGAAUGGGGUAUAUUUGUCAACACUGUAUUACCUUAACAAACAAAGUUAAAACUCUAAACAAAUGGAAAGUACUAUAAGGUAGUACUGUAAAGAAAAGGCAUUAUUUAAUUAUUUUGCUUUUUUUGUUGUUAGAGAACAGGCAGGAGAGAAAUUUCUCAUUUCAAUGCAAUAAAUCUAUCCAAAGGCUACCCAUAAACUCGCUUUGAUCUAACCUACCUGAUGGAAAGCAGGGGAAACCUUGGGAGACGAUCCAGUCACUGACUUUAUUGAGGGAUGAGUGUGAUGCAGAAAUGGAACAGCCGAGCAUGGCUGCCAGUGAAGAGAACGUUCUGCUGGAAGAUACUUCUGACAGUCAGUGAGUGUUUUGAAUACUGAACUUCCUUUUUAAAGUAACUUCCUUAUCGUUCACCUUAUAAGCCACAGCUUAUAAGUCAACACUUUAAAACUCAACAGGAGAGUGAGAAAAAGUGAUCAUGGGAGCACUGGCCUGAAGUGAGAGAUGACUGUAUAGGAUAAGAGGGUACAAAAUGAAUCAUAUUUUUUUCUGUUUGUUAAAUGGAGUACAGAGAAAAGUACAAACAGCAAAGGGCUAUCCUUGAUAUUAGGGUCAAAAAUUAAAUCGAGGGAACAAUAUGGUAAGAAACCUUAAGCUUGAGUAAACUUAGCAGUAUUGAGUUUGUGACUGAGAAACUGCCAUAUUGGGGUUUACAGGACUCGUCAACCCAGAAUCACAGAAGUUUGGGUAUGCACCCUAAACACUGGCCCUGAGCUUGUAGGUAGUGGUAUCUACUUCUCACAGCUUUUAGUACAUUUAGAAAAUGUUAACAUUUUCUUAGAAUUUGAGCCCAUUUAAUUGUAUUCCCACUGUACAUGUGUGCCCCUAAAGACACUUUUAUUACAUAUUGGAGAAGUAGAUAAUGAACUGAGAACCUAGUUCAGGAAAAGAAAAUCUGCUCUAAAUAUGCAAUAAUGUUUGUGGGCAAGAGUAGGAAGAGAGGUAUUUGUUUGAUCUGUUCACCCCCGCUUCCCCACCCCUGAAUAACGUUUCUGAGUUUCUAUAACUAGUUUGUAUAGAAAAGCUCUUGGGGAUAUGGUAAUGCAGCAUUCUCAAAGACUUUUCGUUAAAAUAUGUUUUCCAUUCAUAACCAUUUGUUCCCUAAACUACCUAAAAUUCAACAUAUUCGUUAAGUUUUUAAAAUUCUGAGUGUGUAUAUGUAUCUUGACAUAAAGUGGCUUUAUUCUUACCCUUCAGGUUUUAAAAAGAAAGCAAAACAAAUUGUAUUGCCAUUACUUUGUAGCGGUAAGGGCUAUGUAUUACUGUUGUGACGCCUGUAUUUUCAAGAUGUUAUUCUAUUUUAUGUAAUACAUAUGAGAUCUGUGAGGUUGCCUCUUGGUGGCACUGGUGUAUAACUUACAAAGACUGUCACUAGAGUAACGUAUCUACAUACUGGUAUACACCUAUGCAUGCAGACACAAUUCCUUAGUAUAGAAAAAUUGUCUGAAGAAUAGCAGUCUUUAAUAACCUAUCUUUUUGCCGUACACAUUGUGAUUUAGCAGUUAUGCUAAAGUCUGUAGUCAAAUACUUUAGUAGUUUGUUUAGUGCCCUCUAAUAUAUGUCACUGAGAUUUUUAAAGACACAGUAGACUAUGUAUGGAGGAUUUGUAUCUGUGUCACUUUAACAAGCAAGAAGGUGUAUUUAGAUUAUAAAUUUUUGGUUUACUUUUAGAUAAUGGCUUAUUUUACCUUACUAGUUUAGAAACUGAAAGAAGUGGGGCAGUGCCAUACCUACUUCAUUUUUGGGUAUUUUAGUUCAUACAGAAGAAGAGUGCUUCUUUAAGACUGGUUACUUGGUUCAAAUAAUUCUUAAUUUUUUAGGAAAAUCAUUCCAUACAUGGAUUAUUACCUGGUACAUGGGCACACAUUUUCUUCUUAUGUGAAUAUUUCCUUUUCAGUAUCUUCUCAAGUUGGAAAAAAAUAUAUAUAUAUAUGUAGUCUUCUCUCACCCUACCCUAUGUUUAUAUUACCUGUAACCUAGCAAGAAGUUGUUCUUGCUCUAGAUUAGUUUGUUUGUUUUCAUUAUAGCUGAGUACCAUGAUACCAUUUCAUUUCAAUUUUCAGCCCCAAAAGUUCCCACUAUUUUACUAAGUUGUGAGAGAAGAUGUCUAUAAAAUUGCCUGGUCUUGUACUUUUCACAGGAUUGGCCUUUGCCAGCCACAAUCCUGUGUGAACUUGUGUAAGUCUCUUUAACCUCUGUGAGUGUGAACAAGUUGUGCUGUUGAAGGAGUUAUAUUUGGGCUAAGCCUUGUCUCAGAGGAGGAUGUCACAGAAGGCAGCUACUGUGUAAGCCCUAAUGGGCCCUGGAGACCACUGUCAGAAAUGGGACAGCAGGCCACAGAGCAAGGUAUCUAAUCCCUUAAGUCAUUUCCUGUGUUGAGUUUCCAAGACUGAGAAAAAGAUAGUACGUUUCUUUGGCUUCUCAUGCAGAUCACUAGAUGUGUGAGAUUUAGAGCUGUUUGAGCACCUCAUCUCACGGUACAAACCCUGGACGAUGAUGUUUCACCACUGAUCUCUUUACUAUGAAGAAUGGUUUCCUUCCAAAGGAGUGUUGGAGAAAAGAAAGUGUAUGAAAGUGUACUGGAAAUAAUGGAUUGUGGGAGGAGACCAGUUACAGAUAUAUUCUUGCCUAGCAGUGAAGUGCCUUUAUUUUCAGCACAGAGCACAAAUGUUAGACCUACUCCAAUCUGAUGUUCAAUUUUCCUGUGUUUUCCACCUGAUUGUACUCCUAAAGCUUUACAGGCCAUCAAAAGAAAAAGAAAUGCUGUUUGUUUUGUUUUACAAGAUUGAUUUAAGAAGGCCGGGGUUGGGGGGGGAGGGAUGUAACUGCUGUCCUCUCCUGGGAACACCUCCAGUUAAAACAAGGUGGUAUAACGUAACUGCUCAGCGUUAGACAUGCCUCGAUCCACCUUUUAUUGAGUUCCUGCUGCAUGUCAUGCACUGUGCUCCACUGGGGAGAGAGAGCAGUGACCUCAAGGAGCUCACAGUCUCUGCAGGGAGUGCUGGAUAAGAGACUUACCAGCUUCUGAUCCUGCCGAUUUAACGUGAAAAUAUAGGGUACAGUUAUCACUUUCAUUUCCAUCUAUAACAUAUGUAUUACUUAGUUUUCCAAGGACCUUCUUUACCUGGAACUUAUUAAGAAUCUGUCAGUCAGUGAACAUCUUGUCUUCUUGCAAGCAUGAAUCACUUAGCCUGCUGAUAGCUUAGAGAACACCUUAUGUAAGUAAGGAGUCAUAUAUUCCACUAUGUAGAUUAUUUCUCCAUAUGCUAGCCAGGUAGAGAUUACUCAAGAGUUCUCUUAGACUGUUAAAUUGCACACAGUUUUGGACCCCUUCUGCUCCAGCGUAGGAGAGUGAGGAAGAAAGUAUUAAAGCUCACUUUGCCCUUCCAUAUGCUUCUCAAAAGUCUGUGUAAACAUAUCUUAAUAGAUGUUGAACACCAUGUAAAUAGUUGAAAAUAUAAAUUUCUAUUUCAGUUUAAGAAAAAGCUUAUGAAUCAUCACUAGCCACUGUUAAUAUCUAUUUGUAUUCUUACACCUUUUCAAUACCUUUGAACAAAUAUAUAGUUUCUGGCACUAUUUUUGUACUAGGAUAAAGGAGUUACUAUGUAUAUUAUGUUUAGCUUUUAAGUCAUUUUAAAUAAUUGUGAAUGUUGAUCUCUUGUCUUUCCUCUCCCCCCACCAUGAGAACCAUUUCAUGUGACUCUCCUAUGACAAGAUCACUUUAAAGGGACACUUACCCACCUACGAUCCCUAUAAAGUCAAGAGAUGGUCAGGGUGGUUUUCCACUGCGCAAACUCUUCGCUUGUCAGUUGCCUCCUCAUUUUGCCAUGCUUUGUGAGAAUAAAAAGAAGAGUG